AUGGCCAGCCUCCAGCAACUUUUCCAUCUCCACCCGGAUGAUCAGAUUUUGUUCUACGUUGAAGUCCCUCUUUCUUUGUUUCACCGGCUGAGCGUCCGGUCAGACAUGAAGCUCAUGUUAAACGACACUCGGUGUCGAGCAAUAACCUCAGCGGGGGCGCUACCCGAUGACAUCGGCGACACUUUGCCAUACCUGCGGGCGCUCGGUUUGGCCUACAACCAAUUCGAGGGCCCGAUUCCGGCGUCGCUGGAUAAAGCCGUGCUUCUCGAGGAACUCGACAUCAACAGCAAUAAUUUCAGCGGGCAGAUACCGCGAAAUCUGGGAAGCAAACUGCCUAAUUUGAAGCAGCUAUCCCUCGGUAAAAACCAACUCGUGGCAGCCGACCCUGAUGAUUGGGAUUUCAUUGCCUCCAUGGCGAGCUGCAGGCAGCUGGAGGACCUCAACCUCAUCGAGAACCAACUCGCUGGCGAGCUCCCAGACUCCUUUGCCAAUCUCUCCCGGAGGCUCAAUAGUCUCACCCUCGGCAGGAACGGCAUAUCUGGAAACUUUCCGGCCACUAUCAGGAGGUUCACUAACCUGGUGACACUGGGUUUGAACAAGAACCAGUUCACUGGCCCCAUCCCGGACGUCCUUGGUGAGCUCAUCGAAUUGGAAUCAUUGAUCUGGUACGACAACAAGUUUACCGGCACCAUUCCGACGACGCUCGGCAACUUGACUCGGCUCAGUGAGCUCUUCCUCGACGGCAAUUUCUUGACUGGCACGACACCGGCCAAGCUCGGGAAGUGCCAGAAUCUACACAUUUUGGACCUAUCUAACAACCAGCUCACCAGCUCAAUUCCACUUGAGGUUCUAAGCAUCGAAGCAUUGUCUAACUUCGUCGACAUGUCCAACAACUACCUGAUCGGGCCGCUACCGCAGGAGGAACUUCUUCGAAGGGACCAUUCCUCGCUCGCCGACUUGAAGGGCCUCAAAGGCUUGGACCUCUCGCACAAUAACCUGUCCGGUCCAAUUCCAAAGUUCCUAGGAAAUUACCAGGACAUGGAGAAUCUCAACCUUUCCUACAAUUCUUUCUCCGGGGAAAUGCCAAGUCAAGGAUUAUUCCUUAAUUCUAGCGAGUUUGACGUCGAGGGAAAUAGAGGAAUCUGCGGCGGCACCGCGGGUUUGCAUCUGCCUUCUUGCCCAACACACAAAUCCAAGAAUUAUUGGCGGCUCGUGCUCGCAAUAGCACUGCCGGUGUCUACUCUGUUCUUGUGUAUUGCCCUCUUUACUGCGUUCUACGUGGUGGGACGACAGCUGCCGCAGAGUAACGAAACUUCCAUGUUUCGUGGUGAUCAGACAAGUGAUCAAAUAGUCACGUAUGGCUCGGUGUACAGAGACUUCCUCGGCGAUGAGCAAAUCGCGGUCAAGGUGCUUGACCUCGAGCACUGCGGCGCCUUCAAGGCCUUCCUCGCGGAGUGCGAAGCGCUGCGCAAAAUCUGCCAUCCGAACCUCAUCAAGAUCCUCGCCACCUGCGUCAGCAUCGACUCCAUGGGCAACGAAUUCACAGCCAUUCUGUUUGAGUUUAUGCCGAACAGGAGCUUGGAGAACUGGUUACACCCCGAGACGAGGGACAAGAAGUUCCACAGUACCAAGAGGUUGGGGCUAGUGCAGAGGCUCAACGUCGCGAUCGAAGUUGGCGCGGCCUUGAACUAUCUCCACGACCAAUGCGACACGCCGAUUAUCCAUUGCAACUUGAAGCCCAGCAACGUGCUGCUCGACGCCAAUAUGACCGCUCGCGUGGGGGAGUUCGGCAUCGCCAGGUUCCUCACGAGAAGCUCCAGCGUUUACCAAUCUUCUUCCGCCGCCAUUAAAGGUUCCAUCGGCUACAUGGCUCCAGAGUAUGGGAUGGGCGGGCUGGUAUCAACGCAGACAGAUGUAUACAGCUACGGGAUACUACUGCUGGAGUUGUUCACCGGGAGGCGGCCGACGGACGAGGAGUUCAAGGACGGCUUUACACUGCAGAAAUAA